AGAGGACAAGUAAAGUGGGAUGGCUUUGUGCGAAGGCAAAAAGAGUGAAGAGGACAUCGUCCAGAGGAAAGGAGACUCCGUGAAUGAGUUUGUGCAGAGCUGAGCCCAGCUAAGUUCAGCUAAGCUAACUAAGGUUUAGUUAAGAAAGACAUUAUAAGACGAGGACCGUCUGGAAACACACAGGGAUUUUCUUUCACCAGCGUCUGCACAGAAAGAAACUCCGGACUUCUUCCCCGUCUCCUUCUCAGAAGAUACCAUGGCCGAGGGAAGCUGCUUUGGUGCAUUGUAGGGUUUUGUGGAUUUCUGGUGCUGAACCUUUUCUCAGAUAGAAAGAAGAGAAAGCGUAAAAAAAAGGAAAGAAUCUGGGGAGGAGGGACAACAUCUGCUCAGAAGGAUAAGAUCAGCAGCCCAUCUGGAUCUGAACAGGGAACCUACUGGACCUUUCUCUUUCUCUUUGUAAGGAAAGGAAUUUCAACUCCAGAACCGGCGCUCUGUCACUCGGUGGAAACCAAACAGACCAAAUUCUAUUCUUCUGUUUUCCUACCUUAUCAAAGAGAAUUAGCAAAAUGUGUCAUGUCAUUGUAACAUGUCGCUCCAUGCUCUGGACUCUGCUCAGUAUUGUAGUGGCCUUUGCGGAGCUCAUUGCCUUCAUGAGCCCUGAUUGGCUGCUGGGAUUCCCUCGGUCGGACUCCAGUGUGAGUGGAGCAGGAGUAGACUCUGGAGAGUACCGGCCGUCCCUCGGCCUCUACAGUCGCUGCCUUCGUGUCGGGACACGGGGAGUAGGCGUGAGCUGUGGCCCAUACGCCGGGACAUUUGGGGAAGUGGCCAGUGGCUUUUGGAGAGCUGCCAUGUUGUUUUUGGCGGCGGGAAUCUUAGUGCUUGGUUGCGUGGCCUGCAUUUCCAUCUUCAGCCUGUGUUUUCAGAGCAUCCUGAAGAAGAGCAUAUUUAACAUCUGUGGCCUGCUGCAGGCUAUCGCAGGCCUGUUGCUGAUGGUGGGCCUCAUGCUGUACCCUGCUGGCUGGGGUUCAGAGAAGGUGAUUGGUUACUGCGGUGACGAAGCCUCGCCCUUUAGACCCGCGCUCUGUUCGCUGGGCUGGGCGUUCUAUGCAGCCAUAGGAGGAACGCUGGCCACCUUUCUGUGUGCCGUUCUGUCCGCUCAGGCUGAGAUUGCCACCUCCAGUGACAAGGUUCAGGAGGAGAUCGAAGAGGGGAAGAGUCUCAUAUGUCUGCUCUGAGCCUUUUGAUAACAUCCCUAGUGUGUUUUACAAAAGCAAAAAGUUUUCUUUUUUUUUUUUUACCUCAGUCAGGUCAAAACAGUAUAUUGUUUGGUGACAGCUUUUUGAAAUGGCAAUAGCUGAAACCAAGAACAAUACCCAUACAAAUUUUCUUUCCUGCAAAAAAACAAAAAACAAAACAAAAACCCAGUUUAUUUUUAUUAUCUUUCUCGCCCUGAACAAACCACUGACCUAGAACACAGAGAGAAUUGUGUUGUUGAGGAACGAGUAAAAACUGCCAGUAAAACAGCGGACGGGACCAUAACGUCAUUAUAUUGUUCAUUUACACGGUUCACCUGCAAAACUCAACAAACCACUGAACACAAGCAGAUGUGCCCACCAAAGCACAAGUACAAGAAUGUACUGCAUGUGUGUGUGUGUGCGUGUGCGUGUGCGUGUGUGGCUGUUGAGGUUGCUAAACCUUCUUAUGCUCUGAUUUUUGGGGCUCAUCAGGGGCACUAUAGUCUAACCUGACAAAUUUAAAUAUGUCACUUGAGAAGCUUAUUUCAAAAUAUUAUUUUUUUUGUUUGUUUAUUAAAUACAUUUUAUUUACUGUAGGUUAUUGUAGCUUAAUGACAGCUGGUGUGUAUGUGCUGUGGUGUCGGUGAGACCUUACGCUUCACUUCACUGGGUUUUAGUGAUUCUCUCACGUAGGUCACAAUAGACUUAUCUUUUUUUAUUAAGCACUUACCCUUAAAAGCCCUUAUGACAUUUCUCCAUAUGUUCUCGUAAAUCCUACCAGUGUGAUGUCGUGCUUCCGUUCACUGUAGGUGAAAUGUGCAAUAAUUGAUCUGUGCUGUGGGAUGGAGUUGACUGAGAAGAAGUGACAGUGACAUGGGUUUGUAUCGCACAGUUUUUCUUGGUCUGUCUGUUUCAAUUCAUGUUGACCGUCUGCUGUUUUGUUACAUUAACAAGAAUAACAGACUCUGGGUCAGGUGUUCUUAUGCUGUAGGAUAGUGGUUCUCAAACGUUUUAUACCACCUGAGAAAACCUUGAUCUCUCUGAGCUCCACCAUGAUGACCAACAUUAGAAUAUAGCAGCAUAGGCCUUCACUAUUAGCUUCCACCACAGGAGAGAUG